AUGCAUUGUUCAAAGAAUUUUAAGAAAAAAACUCUCUAGCAAUACACACCAAACUGAGCAUGUGCAGAGUGAUUCCACACUCUGUCUUAUCAGGAGAUAAGAGGGGGACACUGGAAGAAGGGGAGGAUCAGAGAAGACAGGGUCAAACAGCCUUUUUACACAAUGCAGAGGAUUAACCCCUUAGGUUCCACAGUGAGUAAAACAAGCAUGCUUUACUGCCAGGGGCGGACUGACAACUCAUGGGGCCCCCGGGCAAUAGGGGAUCAUGGGGCCCCCGUGUCCCUGCCCAAACUCAAAAAAGCCUAUGAAAAAGGUACCAGGGGCAUCUCAUGGGGCCCCCUACUGACCCCCGGGCCCUCGGGCUGUGCCCGAGUUUCCAAAUGGUCAGUCCGCCCCUGGUCUGGACUAGCU